ACUUGAGGCGCCGCGGUGAUAAGUCGUGUACGCGAUGAUGAUCGCCAGUGAUCGUCAGGUGACUUGCGUUUAUAAUACGGCUCAUCAGAUAUACGAGUCUCGGUUGCAGUACCACCUGGUCAAGUGCAAAAAAGUACACAACGAUCAGAAGAAGGCCAUUUGCAGCUUUGAUUCUACCCAUCACGUUCCUGCCAGCGACUAUCUGGUUCACAUUCAGACAUGCCCUAAUAGACGAGUCCUAGACGAGCACGCCUACCACGUGGACGGUGAACGGAGAAGUGCCGAGGAAUGCUGGAAGGAAUACGUCCCAGUAAAUCUGCCUCCUCCACAAGAAUCAUGGGACACAGAUGGACCUGGUUACACUUACAAUCCAGACAGAGUGUCUAGAGAAAAGCCUGUGAUUCGAGUGAUGACUGGAGGAACAAAAUCUGAAAGGAAAGCAUUCCGCCAACGAGAAUGCCGACGACUUCAAAACCUAAACAAUGGGCUACCACUCAACGAAAGGCAAUCAGCAUGACUCUUAUUCAUUCCUGCAUCCAUUUCCUUCGAAUUUCUUGGCAUUGAUACACAUGAAAAAGUCCAGUAAUGUAGUACUAUUUAUAUUGCUUCAGUGAGAAAAUAGUUUAAAAUAUUCAGGAAGAGUGAACAGUAUUUAUUCUGUUGAGAAGCUCAUAUACAUGAUAAGAAGGAAAUUAUAAGGAUAAGAAGAAAAUGAAUAAUUUGAUGAUUUCCAUUUACGGGUGAAUACCAGUUUUGGAGUACAUAUUCCUCAGAUAGACUGAAUGAUGUGAAUCAAUGAUUAUUCACAUGAAAAAUUUAAAGAACAUCUGUCUAUAUAUUGACCUAUAUUUCAAUCCAGAGGGUCAGUGGUAUGGAGGUUUGCUAUGACACAGAUUUUUAUGAGAAAUUUGUACUGUACAUACUCAGUUGGCUUUCAUGUGAAACUUGAGAUUUUUGUAUAUUAAUGUUACAUUUCAUAGAAAUAUUAGGCAUUAUUAAUCAGAAUUGUCAGUCUGAACUGUUUUGAGGUGUUUUUCAUAGUGUUAAUUUUGGUAAUACUGGUCAAUUUCAUGUUUAAAAAUGCCUUUUUUUAAAGCAAUAUUGAAUAGGUGUUACAUUUUUUUUAAUUUUAUACAAGAAGAGUUUAUAUUUGUUUGGUGCAUAUUACAUAUUAUAGGAAGGAAGUAUAUAGAAAACAAUGGGUUUUGUGUUAAGUAGAUAAAAUAUACUUUCUGCUUACUGCAGAAAUUUAUCUGUUUCACUCAGAUACUGUUUGCAGACCAAAAAUGUAAAUAAUAUUCUGUCUCCUAAAUAGUUAGUUAACUCUGAAAUAUUUAUUCAGUAUAUGUAGUUGUCUUCUGGAGUCAGAUAUUUGUAAUUCAGCUUUUGAGGAUAUUUUUGGUAAAUUUAUGUUUGUUGCAUAAUGAUUGUAGGAGGGUCGAAGUUUCAUUUUUGUAGCAAUUUUUCCAUAAUCAGGAAUCCAUGUAGUGAUUUGCUCUUGCUGACUUGCAAGUUUGUAGCACUGAACUGUUUACAGAUGUCACAAAUUUUGAGUAUGUUAUUUUGAUUCUUAUCAAGUAUUAAAGCUGAGUAUUCUCAGAAGCUGGAAAAAUGUAAUGAAAGAACAUUUCUAGUUUUUACAAUGUACUCAGAAUUGUAAUUUCUGUUGAUAAUUUACAAAUACAAAAGCAUUCACAUUUCUGAUUUCCAUACACAUUCUCAUUCAGUAUUAAAAUAGUGUGUGGUAGCUACAAAUUUAAAUGUGAGAUUUAUAAAUAUAUUUGCAAUUCUCAUUAUGUUUAGUUUUAAUAAUUUUGUAAAAAGAUCAUUUGUAGCACACUUGCACCAUGUGGUACUGCUAACCA